AUGGCAACUUUAUUACGGAGAGCCGCACGGCCGACUACCUUCACGGAGAUAUGUAGGAACGGCACGCGCCCGAUCUCGACCCACAUCGGUUUCUCCACGAGCUAUGCGCCGCAACAGCAACAGCAACAGCAACAGCAUGCGCCGCGAGCAGCUGCACUCCCAAUACCAUAUGUGACCGAGACAGUUGGUGGAGGGUGGAAAACCUCUGACAUCUUCUCGCGCCUCCUGCAAGAACGCAUCAUCUGCCUCAACGGCGAAGUCGAAGAAUCCAUGUCCGCCAUGAUCGUCGCGCAACUCCUCUUCCUCGAAGCCGACAACGCCGAGAAGCCCAUCUCGCUCUACAUCAACUCGCCCGGCGGCAGCGUAAGCGCCGGCCUCGCCAUCUACGACACAAUGAACUACAUCCGCUGCCCGGUGAGCACGAUAUGCAUGGGCCAGGCUGCGUCGAUGGGCUCGCUGCUGCUGUGUGGUGGCAAGGCGGGCCAGAGGUAUAUUCUGCCACAUGCAAGAGUCAUGAUUCAUCAGCCAAGUGGAGGGUAUUCGGGGAAGGCGAGCGAUAUUGCUGAUCACGCAAAGGAGAUUCUGCGGGUGAGGGAGAGGUUGAACAAGAUCUAUCAGACUCACUUGACAAAGAAGAGGAGCCUGGAAGAGAUUGAGAAGUUUAUGGUCGGUGAUUACUUUAUGGAUGCACAAGAGGCCGUAGACUUUGGGAUUGUGGAUAAGAUUCUGGAGAGAAGGGGGGAUGUAGAAAAGGACUAGGAGUGGUGAGCUACACCAAGCAGAGGAGAGUAUGGCAUGCUGUCGUCAACGGUACAGUAUCGACCAGAGCAAUCUACGCGAACAUGACCAGAUAGUACUGGGCUCAGCCGUGCAUGUGUCUGUCGCGUCAUUAUCUGGACUAGGCUAACGAGAGGGUUGUCAAGAUGAGUAGCCUACUGUAGACUAUGUUCGCUGACCCUUUGGUUCCAGGUGGCUCUCAUUCACCACGAAGAUCACCCCGGGGGGCGACUGUAAUUGCAGAAUCGACAUACCGUACGGCAUCCUCGAGCACACAAUCCCAUCGAACGACAAAGGAGGACAGGGUGCACUGACGCUGACUCUGAAGUCUCCACCAAAUAUCUACCGGAUCGAGUCAAUUGAUAGCCGGCAUCUUUACACUGGUGCAGAAUCAACCGCAAUCCCGCAAACACCGAACUUGAAUGCGCUGUCUAUGGAUGCCACCCGGUCGUCUCAACGAAACCGUCU